UGAGAGGAAGACAGAGAGAGGCRUGCUGUAGUGCAGAGGUUCCUCCUGUGAGGCGAGCCUCCAUCUCUCCGGUGUUCCUCCUGCUGGAGUGAWUCCAUCACAGUGAAUAAAUUACAGGCUUCUUUGCAGUAGAUUGAGUGCAUGUUUUUGUUGCAGCCCGGGCUGCUGGGUUUCUCCUCUGGAAACAGCUGGACGAUCCGUGUGUCGAGAUCACAGGCAGAGGAAGCUAUUUUUUUGUGUAUGUGUGUGGACCAGGAGAGCAAACCAGAUUAACUGUACAGAGGGAACAAAGUGAAAGUUGUGAUGCUCGUUGUCUUUUUCCACAUUGAGUUUUGAGAGCCAGAGAUGUGAGCACCAAAGAUUUGAGUCACCCCUGUUGCUGAUCAAAGAGUAGAGGAGUCAAGCCAGAAGAUAACGUGGGAAACAGAAGUGGAAGGAUACAGGAUGAUCCUGGGAAGUGUAAACCGACCCGGGCCGGUCCCUGCCUUCCUCAGGAGCCCACCAGUCAUCCCACCACCCCUGGACAUGAAACCUUUCCUCCAGUUCCCACUGGAAUCCCCUCAUCCGGCCAGCAUCGGCCUCUUCCACAACUUUAAUGCAAUGGACCCCGUCCAGAAGGCUGUGAUGACGCACACCUUCGGCCCACCUAUCGUCAAGACAAAGAGGCCGAUCAUCUCCUGCAACGUUUGCCAAAUACGCUUCAACUCCGAGAGUCAGGCGGAGGCACACUAUAAAGGGAACCGCCACGCUCGAAGGGUGAAAGGUAUCGAGACAUCCAAGACGUCUCGUCUCCAAGAUGGAGACAAACAGCCCCCUCCUGCUUCACCCUCCCCACCAGGUCUCCUGCCAUCCAGCCCUGAUCCUACUUAUAACAAGCAGGAUGACACUCAGUCCCCUCCCAGCUUCAAAGAGUCACCUUUGACCCCCAGCAGUCUCUCGGCGCAGAACCCAGCAGACACAGAGUGUCCCCUUUUGUCGUCUGUCAGCACGCCUUUGCCGUCCUCUCCGUCCCCUUCUGCAGCCCUCAGCAACCCCUCUGCAGACCCGGACAUGCCGUCUCCAGCCCCCAGUCCCUCUUCAGGAGARUCAGAGGAGGAGAAAGCAAAGAAACUCCUCUACUGCUCUCUCUGCAAAGUAGCAGUUAAUUCCCUCUCACAGCUGGAGGCACAUAACAAAGGAACCAAACACAAAACUAUCCUGGAAGCUCGAAGUGGACUUGGGCCUAUUAAAGCGUACCCACGCUUGGGUCCCAAACCAAGCGCUGAGCAGGGAGGUGAGGUGUCCUCUGACCCGAACACUCAGGAACGCACCUUCCACUGUGAGAUCUGCAACGUCAGAGUCAACUCGGAGCUGCAGCUGAAACAGCAUAUAUCAAGCAGAAGGCAUCGAGAUGGAGUUGCGGGUAAACCCAAUCCUCUUCUCAGCCGGCACAAGAAGCGCACAGACUUCAUGGAACUUCCAAAAACUCUAGGGGCUGGACUUUUACCAAGUCCUCUGGCUGUUGCUGCGGCGAUGGCAGCAGCAGCAUCUUCUAAUCAGCUGGCUCUACGUCCCCCUGGGCUGACCUCCCACCCUCAUCACCCCCAUCCCCACCUCCUGCAGGGAACACCCCUGGGCUUGCUGAGGCCGGCCCCGGGCCCCAUCCGCACCACACACGGGCCAGUCCUCUUCGCUCCUUACUGACGGUGGAGGACRUGAGGACGAAUCAGGAAGAAGCACACUGUGAACUGGAGGCAAACGUGCCAUCAAGAGACAAACUUUAAUUUAUAGAAGAUGAAAAGUGUUACUUGUUAUCGUGUAGAGAACUACAGUAUAUUUCCAUCCUCUCCGGUUUUCCUUCAUCUUUUAMAGUGAUAGCUCAGAUCUUUUGAAGUGGGGUUCUGUGGAAAACUUUUUAACAAUUAAUAUCUGAGUCAUUAAUAUUUGAACAACUUCAGUUUGGAGGUUAAUUCGRACUGGAUUAAUGAGGAAUUGGCUGGUCAUUUAGACCAAGAGCAAAGUAGACUGCUCCGUUUUAAAACAAUCUAAUCCAAUCUAAAAAAAAAGUUAUAGUGCUACAAGCUAAUUUUAUUUAUAAACCUAACUGUUUCACAUUGCAUGAUUAUUUUGGCAAAAAAURAUGAUAUUCAUCUAGAAGGUGCUCCAGGCUGCAUUGAAAUGCAGCUACAAUUAAUGGCAAAUAAUGAUUGAAUUUGAUGUAAAAAAAAUGUAGGAUGAAAUUAAUAUUUAAUCAAAUAAAAUUUGCAUGAACCACUAUGACAUGUUUUAAAAAUAGGAUUGUUUUUUGUAGAGGAAACCAAUUAUUUUUUAUUUUGACCACACUUAACCACUUAUUAGCUCAGUCCAGUUAGACAUAAACUACAUUUCUUCAAACUGAAGUUAGUCAGUGAGUUAUGUGCAACAGGUAAGAUAUUAAUUGCUCAUAAUCUUUCUACAGAUCMCCACUUUAAUAAAAAUCUGAACUAUUUGUUCAAUUAUCAUUGAGUAAUCAGCAUGUUUGUACAAACAGUUUGAAGAGGAACGUAAACACAAAUUUCCACCAAUCGUUUUCYAACAGUUUGCAACCUAAAGGCUUCAUCCAUCAUGUGAUUUUCCACUUCGGACCUAAAACCCUACCUCUCACGUUUGUUUAAACUGUUCAUCUCYGCAAAUAUUUAUCACAGGUUUGAAGCGUCGAUAUCGUCAAACCCGCAGUUAGUUGUUGUAGUUGCCUGUGGUGUUAGCUGUACAGCGGACUGCACCACUGUAAACUUCUGCCUUUUGUGGUACUAAGAGAAAUASGUAGGUUUCUCAGAAUUUGCAUAUCAGUUCUGAAGUUUCUUGCAAACAUCAUGGUGUACUGUACUUCUACAUUUUCAAAACUAUAUUUACCUCUGCAGGAUGCAAACAGGAAGUCAAAGAGGAACAGCAAAAGCUGAGAAAUGAUACUUAGAUUUAAAGCUGAACUGACAUACAGAAGAGCUUGAGAAAUGUGCACUGUGCAGAUGUCAGUAUUUGUUUUUGUGAUUCAUUUACAAUGUUGGGAAAAAAUCAAAAGGAAAAACACGUUAAAAGAAAAUUUGGUCUUUAUUGGCAUUGUGAAAUUUUCACGAAUUCCCAUCACUAACAGCAACAGUGUUCAUAAAGCAAGCAGGUUAAUUGCUGUGAUGAGAGGUCUGCAUGUCACUGUCCUCAGAAACUCAAAAAUAUGAAAAACCUGUCAUCGUUUUCUCACCCGUACAGCACAGCUGAGAGCUUUCAGUGUCUUUGUGAAAUAACUUCAACACUGUGAGCACAGCAUGACAGUUUUAUCAUUCAUGACUUUAGUUGCAGGUGAUCCGUGCACGCUGAGGAGACCACCUUUCAGCAAAAUCUGACCAGGAGAAAUCGAUACCCAAGGUUGAAAGACACCAGCAUUAUGCUACCGCAGGACAAGAAAAAGGACCGUAGAUGAGUAGGUGUAUGCAAAUAAAAAAAAAAAAACAAUAACCAAAACACAUCAUUUUGUUUUUCUGCUCUGAUCUUUGUGAACCACUAGAAAGCUUUAGAAAGUGAAAAAUCUGUAGCAAUACCGUCAGCACUUCUGUUCUUGUUUUUUUUCAACUGCAAUAAAAAAAUGUCAACAAACGUAAUAAAUGUUAGUUAAGACAAAUGUAUUCAAACUUAAGUGUAAAUGUAAAUUCUUUUGGGGGGGGGAGUUCAUGUCGGGGCUUCCUAAUUGUUAUUUAAACAGAAAAAAACAGAAAACUAUUAAASUGAAUUUAUGAUUGUAA